GCCAUGGGCAGUUAAGAGGAGUAGCAGUGAGAUUAGGAUAUUAGGACUGACUAUAAUUCCAUUUCCAACAAGAAGUUGAAUUGACUCUCUUUCUCUUUCUGAAAACCUCUCCAUCAAAUCUGGGAUGAAGAAGACUAGGGUUUCUUCGCCUCAGCUCUGCUUCCUCUUCUUCCUUCUCUCAACCACCACCUUUGCCACCUUCACCGUCAACCCCUCCAAAGUGAAGCAGAUCUCAUGGAACCCCAGAGCUUUCGUGUACGAAGGUUUGCUCACCGACUUGGAAUGCGAUCACUUGAUCUCCAUUGCGAAAUCGGAGCUGAAGAGAUCGGCCGUCGCCGAUAACUUGUCCGGUCAGAGCAAGCUCAGCGAGGUACGCACCAGCUCCGGCAUGUUCAUCCCCAAGGCCAAGGAUCAUAUUGUUGCUGGUAUAGAGGACAAGCUUGCAACAUGGACAUUUCUCCCAAAAGAGAAUGGAGAAGACAUACAAGUAUUGAGAUAUGAGCCUGGGCAGAAAUAUGAACCACACUAUGAUUACUUUGCUGACAAGGUCAAUAUUGCGCGGGGUGGACAUCGUAUAGCAACUGUACUUAUGUAUCUUACUGAUGUGGCCAAAGGUGGUGAAACAGUGUUUCCUCUAGCAGAGGAAAUUCACCGCCGAAAGGCUGCAGAACCAGAUGCGAGUCUCUCUGACUGUGCAAAGAAAGGAAUUGCAGUGAAACCACGAAGAGGAGAUGCCCUUCUUUUCUUCAGUCUCCACCCAAACGCAGUUCCAGACGAAAACAGUCUCCAUGCGGGGUGCCCAGUGAUUGAAGGUGAGAAAUGGUCAGCGACAAAGUGGAUUCAUGUUGACUCAUUUGACAAGAUCUUGGAUACCGGUGGGAACUGCACAGAUCUAAAUGAGAGUUGUGACAGAUGGGCUGCCCUUGGGGAAUGCACCAAGAACCGAGAGUAUAUGGUUGGAUCUGCUGGCCUUCCUGGCUACUGUAGGAGGAGUUGUAAGGUGUGUUAGAGUUCUUAAUGAUUUCCAUGCUCAGCAUCCAUUGGAAGCUUUCUGUUCCUGGUGUGGUUAUUCGUUUAUUUUUUGGUGGACUGUAAUACUAUCUUGAAAAGUAUUCUACAGACAGCUGAAUCGACCUUUGGUUUUGUCUA